AUGCAGCCAGGAAAGCAGCAGGCUUCUGCGGCCCGCAGACGUGCCACGUGGCAGGUGGGACGAUUCGGCUGCAGAGGCGGCCGGUGGGUGCGGUGGGCGACGCUUCUGCUAAUCCCCGUAGCGUACCUCUUAACUCUCCGCAUCUACCUCCGCCUGCACCCGGGCGACGCGACCAGCCACGUCAGCGGCGCGGGCCACCACAUGUCGCUGCUGCACCUGCGCCUCAAUCCCCGCGGAAUGCGCGCGCUCAUCCGCGGACAGGCGGCGGACGUGGGCAGGGGGAACGGGACGGCGGAGGGAGCGGGCGGUAGUGGGGGAAAGGCGGCGCUGGAUGCGCUGAUGGCGGAAGGCGGCGCGGCGGUGAAGGGGAAGGCGGGGGGCGCAAUGGGCGCACAGAGCGCAAUGGCGCAGCUGAUGGCGGGGGAGGGGGGAGGGAAUGGGACUGGCGCAGGGGGAGUGGGCGGAGGGAGCGGGGGGGAGGAGCUGCGGAUGUGGCGGAGAGAGUGGCUGAAGGAGGGGCGCGCGCGGCGCAGGAGGGGGGAUGCCGCGCGGAGGAGGGGCGAGGGGGGACAGCAAUGGCGGGGAUGGGGGGGAUAUGGCCCGGAAAAUAAGGUGAGGGGGGGAGGGGAGGGAAGAGAGAUGAGCAAGGAAGGGAAGAAGGUAAGAGGGCGAGUGGAGCUCCCCCCUCUCGCCGUGCCUUCCCGUCCCCACUCACCCCCACGCGUGGCCAUCUCCCCCUGCGCGAGUGGCCAUCUGUCUGGUGGGCGGGGCACGCGAGUUCCAUCUCACGGCCCCCACGCUGCAGCGCCACCUGCUGCCCGCCUACCCCUCCGCGCACGUCUUCCUGCUCUUCCCCCCUCACGAGUGGCCAUCUGCCUAGUCGGGGGAGCGCGCGAGUUCCAUCUCACGGCCUCCACGCUGCAGCGCCACCUGCUGCCGGCCUACCCCUCCGCGCACGUCUUCCUGCUGGCCCCUCUCGACCACUCCGCCCACCGCCUCUCCCUCCUCGCCUGGCCCCACCUGGGGGCAGCGCGCUUGGGGGAACUGGGGGGGAGCGCGGGGGGAAGGGUGGGGGCGGGGGAAGGGGUAGGGGGAGGGGGUGGGCGGGGGGAUGGAGAUUUUCCCGGGUAUUCCCUGGUGCAGGUGAGUGUGCUGCCGGAUGUGCCGGUGAAUGAGACAAAAAUCACCGACCGGCUGCUGGAGGUGGUGGAGGGCAGCGAGGCGCAGACGCGGCAGGGGCUGAUGCAGCAGUUCAAAGCCGUGGAGCUCUGCGUUACCGCCAUCACGCGUUACGAGCGCGCGCACGCGAUCCGAUACGAUUGGAUUCUGCGAACCCGCGUGGACGGGUACUGGAUGGGGCCGCCGCCGCCCCUGGCGGUGCUGGAUCCGAUUGCGUACACGAUUCCGGGCGGCAGCGACUGGGGCGGGCUGAACGACCGGCUGGGGAUGGGCGGCAGGAAGGCGAGCUGGAAGGCGCUGCGACGGCUGAGUGUGCUAAGGCCGCUGGUGGAGCGCGGGGGGUACUCGGAACUGAAUGCGGAACGGGUGUAUCUGGCGCAAAUGGCGUUCCUGCAAGUGCAGGUAGCGCGCUACGACUUCCCCUUCUGCAUCCUCAGCCGCAAGAAGGGUCUGCCGGCCUUCCCCGUGGCCGCCGCCCUCUCCUCCACCUCUGCCGCCCUCAACGGCGCCAAGUGCCGCCCGUGCCGCCCCUCCGUGGUCGGCGGGCAGGCCGCAAAAUACAUCCUCGCGCUGCCCGAGCGGAUCUUCGGCGCGCAGCCCCACGGGAUCGACCUGUGCCGGGCAGAAGACGACUGGGCGGCAGACUGGCGCGAAAUCUUCGAUAAAGACGCGGGAGAGGUCCCAGCCGCCGCCCGGCAAUACAUGGAGACCCGAACCUUCGAUGAGUGCGUGGAGGACUGGCGCUACUUCCACCAGCAAGUCCCUGUCUGGAACGCCCCUCCCCCAGUCUCCAUCUGCGUGCGCGGGCUUCUGGGAAAGUUCCACAAGAUGGGGUACCCGGGGGGGGAUUUCCCUGUGUUUCUAGACCCGUGGGUGGGGGCGCGGGGGGAGGCGAGGGGGAGGAAGCCGGUGGUGUAUUCAGCAGUGGCUGGGGUGGACUACAGCUUUGACUGGGCGCUCAUGCGCAAGCUGCGGUGCCGCGUGCACGCGUUUGAGAGCACGCCUGAGGGCAUGCGGUGGAUUGGGGAUAAGAUUGACAACCUGCCGCCCGCCUCCUGGGUGCACCACGCUUGGCUGCUGGCGCCUCACGACCGCCCUCUGCAGGUGUACCCACUAGACAUAGAGGAGCACCCCGUUGAAUACGCCGUGGCCGUGCCGCCCGGCAUGGACGGCUCGUCGCUGCCGCCGCCCAUCCAGGUGGAGGCGAUGACAGUGGAAGGCACCAUGAAGCUUCUGAACCACUCCAUCGUGGAUAUCAUGAGGAUAGGCGGCCACGUGUCACUGCAUGAAGCCAUCUUUAGGGCGUGGGUUCAGGCAAAGCGUGCACCGCCCGUCUGCCAGGUAGCGCGCUACGACUUCCCCUUCUGCAUCCUCAGCCGCAAGAAGGGUCUGCCGGCCUUCCCCGUGGCCGCCGCCCUCUCCUCCACCUCUGCCGCCCUCAACGGCGCCAAGUGCCGCCCGUGCCGCCCCUCCGUGGUCGGCGGGCAGGCCGCAAAAUACAUCCUCGCGCUGCCCGAGCGGAUCUUCGGCGCGCAGCCCCACGGGAUCGACCUGUGCCGGGCAGAAGACGACUGGGCGGCAGACUGGCGCGAAAUCUUCGAUAAAGACGCGGGAGAGGUCCCAGCCGCCGCCCGGCAAUACAUGGAGACCCGAACCUUCGAUGAGUGCGUGGAGGACUGGCGCUACUUCCACCAGCAAGUCCCUGUCUGGAACGCCCCUCCCCCAGUCUCCAUCUGCGUGCGCGGGCUUCUGGGAAAGUUCCACAAGUUGGGGUACCCGGGGGGGGAUUUCCCUGUGUUUCUAGACCCGUGGGUGGGGGCGCGGGGGGAGGCGAGGGGGAGGAAGCCGGUGGUGUAUUCAGCAGUGGCUGGGGUGGACUACAGCUUUGACUGGGCGCUCAUGCGCAAGCUGCGGUGCCGCGUGCACGCGUUUGAGAGCACGCCUGAGGGCAUGCGGUGGAUUGGGGAUAAGAUUGACAACCUGCCGCCCGCCUCCUGGGUGCACCACGCUUGGCUGCUGGCGCCUCACGACCGCCCUCUGCAGGUGUACCCACUAGACAUAGAGGAGCACCCCGUUGAAUACGCCGUGGCCGUGCCGCCCGGCAUGGACGGCUCGUCGCUGCCGCCGCCCAUCCAGGUGGAGGCGAUGACAGUGGAAGGCACCAUGAAGCUUCUGAACCACUCCAUCGUGGAUAUCAUGAGGAUAGGCGGCCACGUGUCACUGCAUGAAGCCAUCUUUAGGGCGUGGGUUCAGGCAAAGCGUGCACCGCCCGUCUGCCAGGUAGCGCGCUACGACUUCCCCUUCUGCAUCCUCAGCCGCAAGAAGGGUCUGCCGGCCUUCCCCGUGGCCGCCGCCCUCUCCUCCACCUCUGCCGCCCUCAACGGCGCCAAGUGCCGCCCGUGCCGCCCCUCCGUGGUCGGCGGGCAGGCCGCAAAAUACAUCCUCGCGCUGCCCGAGCGGAACUUCGGCGCGCAGCCCCACGGGAUCGACCUGUGCCGGGCAGAAGACGACUGGGCGGCAGACUGGCGCGAAAUCUUUGAUAAAGACGCGGGAGAGGUCCCAGCCGCCGCCCGGCAAUACAUGGAGACCCGAACCUUCGAUGAGUGCGUGGAGGACUGGCGCUACUUCCACCAGCAAGUCCAUGUCUGGAACGCCCCUCCCCCAGUCUCCAUCUGCGUGCGCGGGCUUCUGGGAAAGUUCCACAAGAUGGGGUACCCGGGGGGGGAUUUCCCUGUGUUUCUAGACCCGUGGGUGGGGGCGCGGGGGGAGGCGAGGGGGAGGAAGCCGGUGGUGUAUUCAGCAGUGGCUGGGGUGGACUACAGCUUUGACUGGGCGCUCAUGCGCAAGCUGCGGUGCCGCGUGCACGCGUUUGAGAGCACGCCUGAGGGCAUGCGGUGGAUUGGGGAUAAGAUUGACAACCUGCCGCCCGCCUCCUGGGUGCACCACGCUUGGCUGCUGGCGCCUCACGACCGCCCUCUGCAGGUGUACUUGCCGGACAUCGAGGAGCACCCUGUAGAAUACGCGGUGACCCACAUCGAGGAGCACCCUGUAGAAUACUCCGUGGCCCCGCCGCCUCGCAUAGACACCUUAUUGGUCAAAGGGACCCCCCCACUCCACCCCCUCCACCCCCAGGUGUACCCACUAGACAUCGAGGAGCACCCGGUAGAAUACGCCGUGGCCCCGCCGCCCGGCAUGGACGGCUCGUCGCUGCCGCCGCCCAUCCAGGUGGAGGCGAUGACAGUGGAAGGCACCAUGAAGCUUCUGAACCACUCCAUCGUGGAUAUCAUGAGGAUAGGCGGCCACGUGUCGCUGCAUGAAGCCAUCUUUAGGGCGUGGGUUCAGGCGAAGCGUGCACCGCGCGUCUGCGAGGUCAGCGUGGGAAGGAGAAGGUUGAGGGGAGGGAGGGGUUGA